AGUCCGACGGGUUGGCUGCAGAUCGUAGGUUACGUCUGGUAGAGGGAGCGGGCGAGGGAGAGUGGGCUGCGCUGAAUGGAUUGACAUAAGAGGGAUUUACGUUUUAACGAGUGUCCUACCCUAUAAGUCUACAUGUUGCCGUCUCUACCGCCUUGGCCGUUUCUUAUGUGCACAUUUUUACUAAACCGUAUCCACGUGUCAUCGUGUGGGAAACGAUCGGGCUCGCUAUCUGUCUCUGUUUUGCCGAGGAGGGAAACCAACAAGGUCCGUGUCUCGGAGUAUUAUUAGCAGUUCAGAUAGUACAACUGUCUUUCUGGUUGUGCACUGCCAUUUCACAAUGAAAAAAUAAUUUUUCUGGCGCAUCAUUAUCCAAAGGGCAGAAGAAGACGAUAAAAAAAACUUUGGCGCUUGGAAUAAGAUAAACAUUCAACUGGCUCCCAUGCCGGGUGCGCGUCACCUUCCCUCUCCCACCUUCAACCAUGCCUGCCACCUCCAAAAGACAGCCCGCUUCCCAAAGAAAAAAUGGGCCCAAAGUAAUCUCCGCAAAGAGACAGACCUGCAAGUCCACCAAAACCCGAGGCAGAGCCACAGAGAGACUCCAGAAAACACCGUCAGAGCCGAAAAGAUCCACCAGCAGGACCCAAGCGCCGUCCGGUCGAAGCCCUCGGGGUAAAGCGGUCAGUGGGUGGGUCGGUCAAGGACCAGGGCGGGCCACGGCUAAGGUUAUCCCAGCCGCGACUAGAACAGGAUCGGCGAGGCUUAGAAAACUAAGCAAUCCGCCAGACUACUGUGCUCAGUUGGAGGACCCCCUGGGGCGGAGGAAGUCCUUGCGGGGAACGCGGGCGUCUAUUGGUCCUUGCCAACCCGCCAAGCCUCCCUCCAGGAGGGGGAAGAAGAAGGGCAGGAGUUGCUUGGCCAGGGGCACCGCUGCACACCGUCGGAACACACGGAAAGAGGCCGUGAACCCGGGCCGCGGCGACGCAAACGACACUAAGGAGCAGGAGGAGGCCCGCAGCGACGACGACGACGACGAUGCCAAAGAAACCAAUCUUCCUGCGCUGAAAAGUGCCCCCUGCGAGGCCGCCGCUGCUUUCAAAGAACAGGUGGCGGAAGCCGCACACAAUGCAAGCCCGAGCAGCGCUUUCCCCUGCGAGUCGUCUCCCGGCGACGACACACAGCGAGUGUGUGUGGCGCAGGGCCGGUGUGACAGUGUCAUUAUGGAGCCAGAACAGAGGGCUCACCUGCAGAGCGUCGGGGAAGAGCCCGGGCCUGGGGUCGCGGGCCUGGGGGAUAAACAAGGGGACGGGUCACAUGAUCUGGGAUCCAGCAAUGGUGGUGGUAGAGAGGCAAGCCAGACCGAGGUCCCUGAGCACACCGACACUGAGGAGAGGCUAGUGGAGAACCAGGAGGAACUAGGUGAGAACCAGGAGAAACUAGGAGAGAACCGGGAGAAACGAAGGGAGUGCGUGGGGAAACAAGUUGAGGAUGAGGAGACUCGGCGAGAUAACGGUGAGGUGAAGCCUGGCGACAACGUUCCUGAUCUCAAGGAGUUGAAGAGCGACAUUGCCGAAGUCAAACCCGGUGAUCCCGCUAGCGAAGGGAAGCAAGUCUCGACUCCACAAGAAGAGGGUAACUCAUCUGUCCUGAGAGAGGCAGAGACGCAGAGGCAGACGCCGGCAGCCACCCACGAGAACGAUGGAGAGGAGAGCCGAAAAAAAGAGAGGGAACCGUGUUUAGAAGGAAGGCAUGACGAGACGGGGAGAAUAGGGUGCUCUGUGAUUAAGGACAAUGUUAAGGAGUCUGUUCAUCUUCUGCCUCGAGCGACCCAGGGUGAAGGAAACAAUGUUUCGUCCUUUGCUGCUCGCUCCCAUCAACGUACCUUGUUUGCUCCCUCAUCUGAUCCGUACCAGUCCAGCGACGCAUCGACUGGAAGAUCAGCGACACCUUUUGAGACUUUCCCUGUGUCUAUCACAGCUACCUCAGAACCCGUUAAAUCCCCGGUGUGGUCGGAAUCACAAGAGGUACUUGCCCACGGCAGGCGAGACAUCCGAUCAUCCAACAUCACCCACGGCGCUAAACUACAUCACCCGGUAUCUUCUGCUCUCAGUGUGAGCAACCUGAUCUCACGGACCAACACGACGUCACCGAACGCACAUGUUACCAGAACCCAGGUCCCAGGCCCCGUCUUCCCGCAGCGUCUGUACCAGUGGAGUCCAGGGCAGGCCCUGGACAGGGAGGUCCCUCCCCGAGAGGAGAGCAGAAGGCCCCAGACACCGCUCCAGACGGACAACACCCGAGCUCACCCGCCUGCUCCGGAGUCAUCGAGGCCCCGCCCCCACCAGGAGGUCGCCCCUUCCCUCCCGCCGCUUCCUCUCGGAGACACGGUAGUCCCCGCCGGCGCCGGUGAGCCCGACCCGAGGGAGACCCGCGAGCUUGCGUCGGCGUUGCCGGAGCAGGAGUCGACGCCGAAGACGUCCGCCGCCGCCUCCCCCCCGGGCGGCGGUGGUGGAGGAGGGGCAGGUGGCUACCCCUUCUCCUGCAGCUCAGAAAGCACCCGCUCCUCCCUGGACACGGAGUCCGACGCCGGGUGCGGUGACCCGGGCCCCGGCCUCCUGGCCGGGGGGCCCUGGGGGUUCCCAGAGGGGGCCUGCAUGCCCUCCUGGACCGCCGCCGGCCGGGCGCUCAAGAAGGAGAAGGAGAAGAAGAAGAGGAGCCGUUGCGGCGGUUGCGAGCCUUGCCUGAGGAAGAUAAGCUGUGGCCGGUGCAGCUGCUGCCUCAACCGCAGCACCGGCCACCAGAUCUGCAAGCUGCGCAAGUGUGUGGAGCUGAAGAAGAGGAGGUCCUUGUUGUUGCUGUCUCCCCCCGCUGCACAGGCGGCGACGGAGGGCGGAUCGGUAAAUGGCAGAGGCGGAGCCCAGAUGGAAGCAGAGACCCACGCGGCGGCAGCCGAGGAAGACGAGGGCGAGGAAGGUCACCUACCUCCAACACGGCCUCCACAUGUCCCCACGCCAGUACUCGCGGUGUACGCUGCGCCCUUGGAGCGUGCGGCCGCCCCCACGCCUCUGCUCAUUAAGAGAGAACACAUGCCGGACCACAAUGCACUUCAGCAGCACUUCUGCGGCACCCCUGGGCCUCUCCGGAACCUUCCUGACCGGACUCUAAUCGUUAACGGUGCUUACGACAUGGCCGCCGGGUCCGACCAGCGGCCCCGCUGUCAGCGGGCGACGGUUGUGUCGCCGCCCCAACGGACUACAUUACCCACAAUCCCCCCAUGCCCCGGCCCGCAAAGCUCGCCUGUAGUUGAAGCUCCCAAAGAGGACGCCGGCGCCGUCCCGCUGAAGAAGAUCAAGCUGGAGGAGCCCUGGGUGUGGAGCACCGAGGGGACCCCCAGGCAGCCUGAAGAGGAGGAGGAGGAGGAGGAGGAGGAGGAAGGGGAGGAGGUGGGGGAGGAGACCUACGAGGAUCCCCUGUCCACGCUGGCCGCCGUGGUGUGUCUGUCCAUCACGGAGAGGAAGGGGCUGGAGGAGAGGCUGUUCGGCUCGCGCUCGCCCAUCCUGCGCUCGUUCAAGACGGAGCUCUCGGACCCCAUCAAGACGGAGCAGGAGGACCCGGGGGAGCUGGGGGGGAGCGAGUGGCGCCCGAGGAGCCCCCCCGCCGCCCCCACGCACAAGACCCUCCAGCCCAUCCGGUCCAUCAAGAGCGAGCUGUCGGCGAACGCCUCGCCGCCCAGCGUGCAGACUCUGGUGGAGCAGAGGAACCUGAGCUUUGAUCAGGCCAUCGCCAUCGAGGCUCUGACCCAACUGGCAGCUAUACCCGAAAACACCCACGCGCACAUAAAGACGGAGCGGCCGCCGGAGCAGCCCGUCUCCGUAGCCACUCCCCUCGCAGCCGCUAGUCCCAACGCACCCCCGGCGCUCCCGGCCAAGCACACAGCUGUCAUCCGCUGCAACAAGGUGUCGGUUAUCAGCUCGCCGCUCAGCCACACGUCGGUCAUACGCCCCCCGGUGGCGAAGCAGGGGAGCGUCUUUCAGAUCUCCCGGGACGCCGCGUCUGCGGGCAAGAUGUCUCUGCAGGACCUGCUGGAGGCCAGCACCCAGGGAGAGAGAGCGCCCUGCUGGGGCACGGAGCAGACCUUCACCGCUCGGGUCAUCAAGACCGAGGCCGGCUACAAGGGCUACAGCGACGGCCAGAACAGGAUCUGCACGGGCCCAGAGAGGCUGUUCUGGGGGGAGAAGGAGAUGCUGGCCGGGAAGAUGGCCAGGAGGAACAGGGACGAGGAGGAGGUGGCAGCCCAGCUGGCCGACCUGGCCUUCAUCAUCCAAUCGCGUCAGAGCCAGCAGUCGGAGAACUUCCCUCCCCGCGGGACCCCCGUCGCCACCAUCAAGUACAACUACAACAAGGCCCCCCUGCUCCCCGACCCCAAGAAGGCCCUGGUGAAGAAGGCCAAAACGACCCCCGCCAAACCCAGGAAGAAGAAGGAGGCGGAGGAGGGGGGCACGCCUCGCCGGACCCCGCUGGCCAAGCGCACGCCCAACGGCAAGACCCCCUCCAAGGGCCGGGGCCAGAAGCUGCCUCCGCCGGGCGGGGCGGCGGCGGCGGCGGCCUCCCUCCGCCACAAGCGGAACCUCUUCCUCCCCCAGGCCCAGAUGGACCUGGGGCGGUACGUGGCCGAGGCCCAGGCCACGGAGCAGCGGCAGCUCAUCCAGCACGCCCCCACCCCCCCCCAGUACCACAACCAGAACCACCACGCCGCCCAGUACACCAGGACGCACUACGCCAACGGCCCGCCGGGCCAACAGCGGGCCCUCUUUAACGGUCACCAUCCCCAUCACAACGAGCUCCACCCCCCGCCGUCGCCACUACAGAGCCGCCUCCUCUCCCCAGCCGCCCCGCCGCCGCCGCCGCCGCCGCCAGCGUCCCCCCAGCAGGAGUACGAGCGGCGCUGCUUGUUAUCUCAGGUAUCCCAGCCCUCCUGGGGGCUGCAGCAUCAGGGGGCCGACCCCAACGCCGGCGGCGGCGGCGGCCUGGCCAACCUCAACGUUCUCAGUCACGUGGCGGGCUUCCACGCCCUGGCCUCCUCGUCCCCUUCCUCCUCCUCCUCCUCCUCCUCCACCACCAACACCAACGGCGCCCCCUGCUCCCCUCCCGCCAGCCAGCAGGGCUACUACAAGCUGGAGCGCUCUGGGGCCGUGACGGUGCUGUCCACCACGGCCGCCGACCUCGCCGACCAGCAGCUCUACUCCCAGGAGUCCACGCCCACCAAGAACGGCGUCCACGGCUUCCUGGAGUCCCCCGGGAGCUUCCUGGACACGCCCACCAAGAACCUGCUCAACACGCCUUCCAAGAAGCUGUCCGACCUCCCGUCCUGCGAGUGCAUGGAGCAAAUAGUUGAAAAAGAAGAAGGGCCUUACUACACUCACCUGGGGGCGGGGCCUAGCAUCACCGCAGUCCGAGAGCUGAUGGAGAACAGGUACGGGGAGAAGGGGAAGGCAGUGAGGGUGGAGGUGGUGGUGUACACCGGCAGAGAGGGGAAGAGCAGCCAGGGCUGUCCCAUCGCAAAAUGGGUGAUCCGGCGUGGCAGCGAGGAGGAGAAGCUGCUGUGUCUGGUCCGACACCGCGCGGGCCACCGCUGCGAGAGCGCUGUCCUGGUCAUCCUCAUCCUGGCCUGGGAAGGCGUGCCCCGCGCCGUGGCGGACCGCCUGUACAACGACCUCACCGACACCCUCUGCCGCCACGGCUCCCCCACCAGCCGGCGCUGCGCCCUCAACGAAGAUCGUACGUGCGCCUGCCAGGGUCUGGACCCCGAGACCUGCGGCGCCUCCUUCUCCUUCGGCUGCUCCUGGAGCAUGUACUUCAACGGCUGCAAGUUCGCCCGCAGCAAGAUCCCCCGCAAGUUCCGUCUGCUGGGGGACGAACCGAACCAGGAGGAGAUGUUGGAGCACAACCUGCAGAACCUGGCCACCGACCUGGCGCCCGUCUACCAGAGGCUGGCUCCCGAGGCCUUUCAGAAUCAGGUGGAUCAGGAGCAGGCAGGCACCGACUGCAGGCUGGGUUUGAGGGAGGGGCGCCCCUUCUCCGGGGUCACGGCCUGCGUGGACUUCUGCGCCCAUGCUCACAAAGACAUCCACAACAUGAACAACGGCAGCACUGUGGUGUGCACUUUAACCAGGGAGGACAACCGGGCGGUGCGGAACAUCCCUGAGGACGAGCAGCUCCACGUGCUGCCGCUGUACAAGGUGUCGGAGCGGGACGAGUUCGGCCGGGUGGAGGGCCAGUGGAACAAGAUCCAGACCGGCGCCCUGCAGGUGCUGUCGGCCUUCCCAAGAGAGGUGCGUCUGCUGGCCGAGCCGGUGAAGUCGGCCCGUAAGAGGAGGGAGGAGGCUCGUGUGAAGGCCCAGGCGGACAAGCUGGAGAAGAAGUUGGCCCAGUCGGCAGGGAAGGGGAAAUGUGAGACUCCAAACAAAGAUUUCAAAAGCACUUCAGCAGAGCAGCCGUCUCCGGGGUUCAAAGCGGAGCCUCAGGGCUCUUACAGACUGCCUGCCAGACCUCCGAGCGCAGGAAAGUACCAGUCAGAGCAGAACCAUGCCAGCACUUACAACCAGAGCACCAGCAACUACCCCUCUCCGGGCGCAGGGGUCCACCCAGGGAGAGAGGCCCUUUCGCCCCAUUCGUCUCUCCCGCCUGGCCCCCACUACGGACACAACGGGGCCAGCCACCAACACAGGACAAACGGAGAGGCGGUGAAUGGUUACUCUUCAGGAUCUGCACCGGUGCAUCGCAUACCCCCCCACCCAGGCCACCCCGACUACCCCCGCGGGUUUAAAACGGAGCCCCAGGAGGUCCACUACUCCCCUCAUCCCGGCCACGGCGCAGCCUCUCCAUCUCCUUCCCCUCAGCCAACCACAGAGGGCCUCUACAGCAGACUCAACGGGCUCAACGGGGGCGCCCCGGGGCACGGCCCAGAGGUCAGGGGUCACGGCCUGGCGCCGCCCGACACCUCUGAGGAGCUGAAGCAGGAGGAGGUGUGGUCGGACAGUGAGCACAACUUCCUGGACAACGACAUCGGCGGGGUGGCGGUGGCGCCGUCGCACGGCUCCGUGCUGAUCGAGUGCGCCCGCCGGGAGCUCCACGCCACCACGCCCAUCCUGCGGCCCGACCGCAGUCACCCCACGCGCAUCUCCUUGGUCUUCUACCAGCACAAGUCCCUGAACGAGCCCGGCCACGGCAUGGCCAUGUGGGACGCCAAGAUGGCCAAGCGGGAACGCGAGAGGGAGGAGGAGGCCAUGAGGCUGGGGAUGGCAGAAAGGGAGGCAGGGAUGAGGGGAGGAGGAGGAGGAGGUCUGGAGGAGGAGUGGGAGGCAGAGGAGGAGAAGAGGAGGGUGCCCAAGGUGCCGACCCGACAGGCUUGGACACUUCCGCGGGACGGAGUCAUCACCGUGGCCCCGUACGCGCUCACCCACGUAACGGGACCCUACAACCGCUGGACUUAGUGGUGUGUUUGUCUCACACGCACGCACACGCGCACACACACACACACACACACACUCACAGUCAGAUCAGAAUGAUUAAGCUUACACACCCCAUGCUUCUGCCUUACCUCAACUCCAAAAUGUCUACUUCUUCACUUUUAUGUCACUUUUAUCGUGCUUUUCUAACAUGUUCUUUUGUAGUCUUUUCUCAUCUCUUGCCUUGAAAGUGAUGAGAAAAAGACCAAAGUUUGUGGGGAUUUUAAACUGUGAGUUUUGUGUUCUUUUUUUAUUGUAAAAAAAAAAUAAUGGAUGGUGCUUUCAAGAUUUUUUUUAAAUGUUUUUAAACUGGUUUUUAUAUACAAGAUUAAGAACAAAAAAAGUGAUUAUUUAUUCUGAUCAUGACAGUUUCUAUUUAAUUUCUGGUGUUAAACCUGUUGUUUACUGCAAAGUUUAUAUAUUUACCUACGGGUCAAUACACGAUCCGAUUGGACGCAGACAGAGUACGAGUGCAGGUCUACUGCACUCGGUUCCAUCAAGAGGUGCUCUCUUUAACCACGUGGCUCGCGUUGGCUUAUGCAGCGACACAUUUUAGUCAAACAAACACAUUACAUCGAACCCAUUUCAUCAGCGUGUAUGACACUGAGAACACUGACUGGCAUCCAUUCAGUACAGAUGAUGUCAGCGUUAUUUUUACGUUGCCCUCAUCCAAUCAGUUGCUUCAGUUCAAGGAAGUUUUUUGUGAUUGCUUGCUUUGUUUCUACAACUCUCGAUUGUCUUUUAUUUGGAAUACACAUAUUUUAUGGCAUAUUAAGGAGAUUUUGAUUUCUAAGACCUAACUUGAAAGAGGGACCCCGGUCCAUAGGCGUAUACUUAUGUAUGUACAGAUAUAUAUAUACAGUAUAUAUAUAUGACAUAGCCAUAGAUAAAACUGCUCUUCUUUUUAAAAUAUUUCUACGUUGAUCUGAUUAGAAAUUCUGCAAGUGAAUUGAACAACACUAUAUUACAAAACUGCAAUCAUGUCUAUGAAAAUUCAGUGUCAUCCACAAUUAAGUAUGUUUCAAAGAUAUUUUUUAGCACUUAUGUUCACGUUCGGUAAUUGGUUUCGCCUAGUGAUUGCAUAGGAAACAAGGUAAUAGGACUCAUGUCGUUUACAAUCAUGGCAUAAACUGUACAUUUUACUGGUGCUUUGGAGACCACUUCUCCUGCUAGAGUUUCAAAUGUCUAGAAAAUCUAUAGCCAGUUGUUAAACUUGAAUACAUGACUUCAUCGAUGAAUGCAAAAUCAACAAAAAGUUUUGUCUCUCGAUGUCAUAAUCAUACAGUAUCCAUAGGAAAUUCUGCUCUCUACUUCAAUAAUGCGUCUGCGUUAGACAUACAGGGUUGGUGUCCACGGGGUGAAGGAGCAGAAUUGUUAAUAAUAACCCUUUAAUAAAAGACGAUUAUAGAUUAUCAUCACUAAUGACAUUUCAAAUACAGUGCAGUAGUAUUGCAAGUGAAAAGUUGAAUGGGUAUUGACGAGAUGUAUGCAUUUCCUAUGGAGACAUUGAAUUGUUUUGGUGCUAUGGGAAUGUGGCGUCAAGGUGCUUUCAGUGACUUUACCCAUUUGUGUUCUCUAAACGUGAACGUAUGGUGCUCUUAGUAUACACUGUUGCAACUAAUAUGGAUAAAGUCUCUGCAUACCUUCAAAGCUGUUGUACAUCCUAUAUGGCUUUGUUUAUUUUUACCUUAAUUUCUCCAUGGGGGAAAAACACUGAUUAAACCAACAAUGUUUUAUGUUUUAAGGGUUCCAAAGUCUUCCACUUGUAACCAAACUCGAAAAUAAAUCAUGUUCAACUGGGUGCUAUUUAUGGCAACAUGUAUAAAUCCUAAUCACUGAAUACAUAAAUAAUGCAAUGAAUGUAAACCUUUAUUUUUCUUUCGUCAAGUUCAUUUUGAGUCAGCUCAUUUUAGAGAGGAAGAUGCGACCACAUUGAUCAGGUUGUAAAUGUUCAUGUGGAUUAUUUUCUCAACUUCCCACCCACAAAGGCCCUACCUGUUGACUGUAUCAAUAAGGAACUAACAGAAAGCACCAGCAUUUAGAAUUCAGUUUUUAUUAUAAAGUGUGUAAUUAUGUAUGUGAACCAGGUUCUUUGUUGUACUGUUAAUGGUGUGUAGACAAUGGAUGAUUGCUUAUUUUCAAAUUGAAUUACUGUAACUUGCUGAAAAUAUAUCCAUUUAGACUUGUAAAAAAGAGACAAGCAUUCAUUUUAUGGAUGGCUGAUCUGUUUGGGAUUGUGAAAUAAAGACAUAUUUAUAUUUUGGA